CUGUCGCAGCUUACGAGCGGCGGUUCGGCGUUGUAAUCCUGCCCACGGUUUCUCUUAGUCAUUUUCCAGAUCCCGUUCAGUUCGUUACCAGCAACGCGCGUGCAUCAUUAAAGAGUCAUAUUCCCCCAGAAUCCUCACAAGAAAUACCUUCUCUAACCGAAGCUUGUUUGUUCAAUGCCAACCAGUCAGUCAGUAGUUGUGAGUUGAGGAUUUUUCGGGGUCUUUUGCAGAAAAAAAUUGUGAAGCGAAAAAGAAACGGUGGUUUCCCAGAGAAAAAUCCUCCCGUUGAAUAGAAUUAAUUGGUGUUGCGGUGUUGUUGUGUUCUAUGUGUUGUUCGCCACCCCCGAUCCCCUAGAACUGGGAGUUAUCCCGGGUAAAAACGUAGCCUAGCGAAUACAGUGUUUAUGUUUACAAGCAGCUUCUGAGUAGACAACCUCAAACGAGCUGAGAAGUAGAUAUUUGGUAUUAGUCGAGAAUUACAGUGACUAUCAUCAGUGGUUUCCUACUAGUGUUGUUGACUAUUUAGCAAAACAAAAAAAAAAGAAGAGAGAUAUCGGAAAAUAUUUUCGUACGGAGAACUCUUGUUCAGAGUGACUAUUUUUGUAGGCUGCUGUUUUACUGUAGCUACCUGUUACUACUAUAACUACUACGGAAUUGAAUGCAGGGAUUUUUUAGAUCUCCCUAGUUGUUGACCCUGAAACCCUUUCGCGUGUGUCACCAUAGGUGCGUGUCGUUGACCUUGAUCUGGGAAGAACACGGAUCCAAGAAGUGAGAUGAUGAGUUACUGUUAUAGCUACUAUUUCGGAAGGAGCUGGUAUCCUGUGCAGUGGUAUAGUUAACUGUUGCAUUCGAGUGUGCGUGUAUGUGUCCCCAGUGUUACCCGCGAGAAAAGUCGCCCCUAGCAGCCACACGUAUUCAACGUUCGCCGUGUUUGUCUGCCCGUUUGCCACUAAUAACAUUCAACAAAGCUUUAUGUCGUUAAUCUGAUUUCCGAUAAAAGAAAAAGUUCCGUCUGAGAGCGUCCCACAAAAGGAAAAACAAAAAGUUCUAAGCGUUUUACAAGUUCUAGAAAAAGUUUGAGUAGAGGAAAAAGUUCAAGAAGAGCUCGGUGAGAGAAAAAAAAACCGAGUCAAAAUGAGUGGAGUUGGCUUUCUAGCCACAAUGAAAACAUUCGCCCCGAGCAUCCGUCGUCGGCGCCGGGUGGAUAAGCAAAACCUCGAGUUACAUAACAACGGUAACGGAAAGUCUUCCGGAGCCGGAGUGGCGGGAGGCGAUGGCAGUGGUCAUCGGAGCAGCAGUGCGGCCACCACACCCACCACUGGUCCAGCGGAAAAUGGUGGCCGCGGUGGAAUCGCUGCUGGCAUUGUCGGGGUUGGGGAGGUCAUUUCGCCCAGCAGCUGGGACAUCGUGCCCCCGAUAACGCCACCGGCCGCGUUCCUUCCGCCCGGAUACAAGAGACUAUCGAUGAAGGGAAAAUCUUAAUUUCAUACAUCCAACUCCACCGAGGAAACCAUUCACAUACGAAAUAACACAGACAGACAGACAGACACAAACUCGAAGAGAUAACAUACAUAUUAAUCAGGCUGCAAUGCUUAUAGAACUGCUGUUUCCAACCACAUUUACAAUUUAAUUAUAACAAAUUUAUGUUUGAGUAUUCUUCCUCCAUCCUCUGAUAGCCAGCCUAUAAAUUGGGCACAAAAACAUUUCCAGCUUCGAACAAACAUUGUCUUCCAUAGACGAAAUAGUAAAACCAGAUGUCCGUCGUUUGCAUGAAUAUCAUUUGUGAAAAAGGCGUCUCACAGGGAUGGGGUAUUGUAAAAUAGUACAAAUCUUUCUCCCUCUGUUGGGGCAAUUUUGUCACUGACAUACUGUACGAAACGGUUUUGUUACAAAAGGGUACAAACAAUUCAACCGCAAAGCAUAAUGUUUAUUGAAGCAAUGAAUGGGGCGCUAUGAAGCUAUUUCCCCUUUUUGGUUAUGCACGUUUUUGGGUCAUUCAAAAAUGCCUCGCAUUUAACAAAACUCAUCAUCGGAAUGAGCGUUGCGAAAUCAUUUGUUCCUUUGUGUUCCCACUUCAAUAAUCUCAGGAUUUCCCACCAUCAAAGUCAUGCCAGGACCAACCAUUCCAUCGGAGCAGCAAUUUUUCCGUUAUUGUAUGCACGACGCCCUCCAUCGAAAAAUAUGAAGAAAAAAAUCGAUCCCACCGCGGUCCUAUGAUUACAUACUUUAUGUCCACCACCCACCCACUUCCGGGUGCCCAUUUCGCUCUGACAAUGACGCGCCCCAGUAGUUGAUGAUGGGGCGAGGGAUGAGAUCGGAAUCGGAACUGAGCAACUGUCCUGUCUGUACUUGAGCGAACGGAGAAGCGGGUUAAUAUUUUCGCACUUGGUUAUUUAUGAACAGCAGCGUGCCGCAGAACUGGUACGCGAAAACCGACCAACUUUCAAGGUUGCUGCCGCAUUCUCAACUUUAUCAUUAAAAGUUAAACUCUGGGAGUGGUUGAAUUUAUCCGCUGAUGGUGGCGAAAACUUUUCGCACCGAAAGUUGGGCGAAUAUUAUGAUGUUGAAUCGUCUCUCCAGAGGCGCUCGAAUGCUCUGCUAGUUAUCUGUGUAAACAAAAUCAGUUCAUUACAUAAUAGUGUAAGCUUUGGGAAGUUGAAAGCUCUCUUCAAAUACUCGGUGUACAGAUUCCUGAAGAGAUUCGGAAUGAUUGUACGUGGUCCCUAUACAUGAAAUGUGUGUGGAAUGGAGUGAGGACUAUGGCAUGUGAAUCGUGAGUGUGUGAUUGCGUUGUUUGAUUGAAAGAUCUGGAGGAACAGCACCGUGAAUAUAUGGCAAUUCCAAAUGAAAUCGAACUAAAAAUGCAGAUUUUAAAAACUUGUAUUUUUAAUUCGAACGAAAGUUUGUAUUCCGUUUGGGUUGGAGGAAAUAUGAGUUUUCCACAGCAUUUGGAAAUUUUCUGACUCAAGUGUAACUUUUGAAAAGAGCGUAUCAAUUUGAGUAAGAGAAAUCUUUGAUAAUUUAUAUCUCAAAAACUAUGAGUCCUACCGAAAUGGUGUAUUAUAAAGAGUUAUAGAGUAUUGAUGUCCAAAACGUGAAAAAAAUAUAAAAAAAUAAUAUAAUAUGUUUUGUUAUUUUUCGAUUUAAUUUGGAAUUGCUCUAUACAUAACACACUUGUAGAAUAUAGAUAUAAAUUUUAUAGAAUGGCACAGAGUAUCAGCGCAGUAGAGUGGAAGAAAGCUGUAAAAAGGAACAAAAAGAAUAUUUCACGGCUGAACACGGCUCUAACAUUCUAGCUCCAGCAAACUAGUUAGACGAAACGUGUUCGACUAGUAGUAGUGUUUGCCUACAUUCCUUACAAAAUAUAUCUCUCUGUACAAAGCCACUAACAACAAGCCUGCUGAUUUGAAUUUUAGAAUAUAUGUAUGUUGUGUAUUUUGUUCGAGCCGCUUUCGCUACAUGGUUCUCCCGUUUUCUUUCUCUUUUCUUUCCCGCCUAUUUUGUAACUUGUGCACCUCUAAAACGCACUACAACCCGUAACACAACUGCCACUCUUGCCACCACCGCCCGAUAUAUUACACACGAUAAACCCGCUACCAACUGCAAACCAAUAACAAACUGUGUGUUCCACUUGUCCUCGUGCGCUCCGAUUUCACUGCCGCCGCAAAACAAACAAAACCAAUCAAAUUUAUUUGCACAAAAUGCCACUACACCGUUCAUCAACAAACAA